AUGUAUUGGAAGGUGGUUGUCACCACGGCGGCGCUGGCCUCGCGCGCUUGCGCCGAGAUUCGCCCGCUAUCGAUGGAUUCCGCAAUCGAGGUUCGCGCGGUCGACGUGUUGGAACGAAGCUACGAGGAUGUCGCAAACCGAUACAUCGAGAAGCGACAAAGCUCCAUGGUGGACGCAGAGUGGGUUUCGAGGGCGACUGAAGUUACGCUGAACAACGACGGCACCAUCAACAUGACAGCUUGGGAGCAAGCGACGUCGGCAAAGUGCACCGACGCCCUUUCACAUCUCGAUCAGGCCUCGAACCCGUCCGGAACCUGCAUCUGCUACAACUUGCCGAGUCUGAACGCCCAAACCGGUGUCUUUGAAGCCGACCUGCGGUUGUUCAAGGUCUCUGAGCCAAACAAUGCCUUUGCUGGUAUCCCGCCACAGAAUAUCCAGGUCGGGCUUUCAUUCAACGGAGCUUCCGUCUCGCCAGUCAGCGCCAGCAAAAUCGGCAGCUCCACUACUAAACGGGAUCUCAGCUUUGAGGUUCCGUGGACCGGCCUGCAAAAACGAGUCGUCACGCCACAGGCCCUGCAAACAUACCUGUUCGUCGGACAGAUUGACCAGAGCAGAAUGGUGGCACCAAUGUCACAAUUUGAAGCACUCGUCAUGCCGACCCUCACGCUUACCGGCGUCAACGCCGCCGGCCAGACCGUCAGCACGAACGUCUCCUCGAACGAGGCUGCUUUCCUCACUGGUGUCUUCUCCAAAGAAAUCAUCAAAUCCGACCUCGCCGUUGCCCAAGCUGCCGUCGACGAAGUAGUGGCUCAACUGAAGAACGGCACUGUCGCUUUCGUUCUCCCCGGUGUUCAGCUGAUGAUCUUCCCCGUCGGUCUGGUUGUCACCAGCACUUGGCUCCUCAUCGGACUGGCUUUUUACGGAUUCGGCACCUAUGAGCGCAUCGGCUACGCGGAGAGCUACAGGAGAAGACGGGCUAUCGCAGGCGACACAGCCAAGCGUAUAUAA